CGCCGGCGCUCGCCCCCUCCCUGCGCGGCCGGGGCUGGGGCUGAGGGAAGAAAGGGCUGAGGCGAGCCCAGGGGCGGCCGCUGCUCCCCGUGCUGCCGCCUGCUCCCUUUUUCCUUAGGAUUCCUUUGAAUUUAGGGACCGUUCGUUCUCAUCUUUUUUUUUUAAAUUUAGAUUUAUUUUUUAUUUCUUAAUCGCGUUUUUCUUUCUUUCUGAGGAGGGGAGGUCGGGGCAGCGUUCGCAGCGCGGCAGACAAUAGCGCCGCAGCAGCCUCCCCCCCCCUCCUCCCUCCGGCUCCACCAACAGCGCCAAAAAAAAAAAAAAUAUCUCUAUAGAUCCAGAUAUAUAUAAAUAAAAUAAAAAUCAAGAGGCCGAGAUGUCGUACCAGGGGAAGAAGAACAUCCCGCGGAUCACGAGCGAUCGUCUUCUGAUCAAAGGUGGUAAAAUAGUUAAUGACGACCAGUCCUUCUAUGCCGACAUUUACAUGGAAGAUGGGUUGAUAAAGCAAAUAGGAGAGAAUCUGAUUGUGCCAGGAGGGGUGAAAACUAUCGAAGCCCAUGGCAGGAUGGUGAUUCCCGGAGGGAUUGACGUUCACACCCGCUUCCAGAUGCCAGAACAGGGGAUGACAUCUGCUGAUGACUUCUUCCAAGGGACCAAGGCUGCACUGGCUGGGGGCACCACCAUGAUCAUCGACCACGUGGUUCCGGAGCCGGGGACCAGUUUGCUGACUGCGUUUGACCAGUGGCGAGAAUGGGCAGACAGCAAGUCCUGCUGCGACUACUCCCUGCACGUGGAUAUCACCGAGUGGCAUAAAGGUGUCCAGGAGGAGAUGGAAGCUCUGGUUAAAGAUCAUGGUGUGAAUUCCUUCUUGGUUUACAUGGCUUUCAAAGAUCGCUUUCAGCUAACUGAUUCUCAGAUAUACGAGGUCCUGAGCGUAAUUCGGGAUAUUGGUGCGACAGCUCAAGUGCAUGCUGAGAAUGGUGACAUCAUUGCUGAGGAGCAGCAAAGGAUCCUGGAACUGGGAAUCACAGGCCCUGAAGGGCAUGUGUUGAGCAGGCCUGAAGAGGUGGAGGCAGAAGCUGUGAACCGGGCAAUAACCAUCGCCAACCAAACCAACUGCCCCCUGUACAUCACCAAGGUGAUGAGCAAAAGUGCCGCUGAUGUCAUUGCUCAGGCCAGGAAAAAGGGCACUGUGGUGUACGGGGAGCCCAUCACAGCCAGCCUGGGUACUGACGGAUCUCAUUACUGGAGCAAGAAUUGGGCCAAGGCGGCAGCUUUUGUCACUUCCCCACCGCUGAGUCCUGACCCAACCACUCCUGAUUUUCUCAACUCACUACUGUCCUGUGGAGACCUUCAAGUUACUGGCAGUGCCCACUGCACCUUCAACACUGCUCAGAAAGCUGUUGGGAAGGACAACUUCACCCUGAUCCCUGAAGGAACCAACGGGACUGAAGAGAGGAUGUCCAUCAUCUGGGACAAGGCUGUGGUGACUGGCAAGAUGGAUGAGAACCAGUUUGUUGCUGUGACCAGCACAAACGCAGCUAAAAUCUUCAACCUGUACCCACGGAAGGGCCGUAUCGCAGUGGGCUCCGACGCUGAUUUGGUUAUCUGGGAUCCUGACAGUGUCAAGACAAUCUCUGCCAAGACUCAUAACAUAUCUCUGGAGUACAAUAUCUUUGAAGGCAUGGAGUGCCGUGGGUCACCCCUGGUGGUUAUCAGCCAGGGGAAGAUCGUGCUGGAGGAUGGGAAUCUCCACGUAACCGAGGGCUCCGGGCGGUAUAUCCCCAGGAAACCUUUCCCUGACUUCGUUUACAAGCGCAUCAAAGCAAGGAGCAGGCUGGCUGAGCUGCGGGGUGUGCCUCGAGGCCUCUACGACGGGCCCGUCUGCGAAGUAUCGGUGACGCCGAAGACCGUCACACCGGCGUCUUCAGCUAAGACAUCUCCUGCCAAACAGCAGGCCCCACCCGUGAGGAACCUGCACCAGUCUGGGUUCAGCUUGUCUGGCGCACAGAUCGACGACAACAUCCCACGCCGCACGACUCAGCGCAUCGUGGCACCGCCCGGCGGACGUGCCAACAUCACCAGCUUGGGCUAAGGACCCCUUCUGCGCCCGCCUAGCGGACCAGGGGAGGGGACGGGGGCACCUGGAGACCCUUUUUGAUUCUUUUAGAGCCUGUGACAGUUACUGCGGGCAACCAGUGAGGGGGGGCUGAAGUAAGGCGCCUCUUUCAGUCCCCUCAGAUUCCCUCCUCAUCUUCACCAACCCCUCUCACUUCCCCAUCAGCCCCUACACAUUUAAAGAAACAAACCCUGUUUUGACACCUCUGACAUGCAAAAGUAAAUGUAAAGAGGUUGUUUGAGAUAUGUGGCCUCAGUCCCAUUCAGCAUCUUUCUUUUAAUGAAGGAAGGAUAAAGUGAAUUUCCCGGGAGCUGCCUUUAAGACACAGAAAAAAAAGGAAUAAAUAAAUGUAAAAAAAUAGCUUUUUUUUUUUUUUUCCAAUGUCAAGCAGAAGAGUAGUUCAAGGGUUUUAAACUGGAUAUUCUUUAGGGUUCUGUAUUCCAGCAGAAUAGCUAGGCGAGCACGGAGGGGCACGAGUCUCAGCAAGUAACCUUUCCCCACCACCGCCUUCAGGUCCCUGAGUAGCUGUCUGCUGCCAAGAGAGAGAAACAGGACCCAGCACUAGGAACACGCAUCGCACCCUGCCAUCGGGUGAGCUAGAAUUGUUGGGGACUUUUCGUUCUGUUUAGUUUUAUUAUUUUUUUCCUUUUUAUUUUCCUUCUGGAUUUUGCUGCAAGUUAGGUCCUUGAGGAUUUUUUUGUUUUUAACAUCUGUGUAUGUUUUUAAUAUGUUUGUAUCAUUGUGUUUACGAAGCCUUAUCUCCAAACUGGGCAUCUCCCAGUUCUCCCCGGUCCUUCCCAAGUCUCAUUCGAGUUACAGCCCCCGCCAAUGUCACUGCCACCCUGGUACUUCAGGUGUCCCCAGGUUCCGUUCCAGCUAAUGCUUGCCACUUAGCUGCAAUAGGAGGUCGCGAAGCAGGUUCAUAAGCUAUGAUCUUCACUUCAGUAUACUGGGCCUUGAGCUGGUGCAAACAACAGGGCUAGAUGCCGGCUGAGGAGCUGGGACAGUCUCUUGAGGAGCUUUGAGCAGUUAUUAGCCUUUUGGUCCUGGAGGUGGCCAUCAAUGAGCAGGGGGCCACAGGCAAAGAGCCAAGACUUUGCCUGGGAGAUUUCUGGAGCAGCCACGUCCCCUUUCCUGGCCAUCUAGGAGUGGUUAUUUAAAACUUUACAAGAGCUUAUCUUUAGCUCUCAUCGAAAGGCCGGUCGGGUGAGCGCAUGCCUGAGCAUCCGUGGCAAUUCCAAUUAGAGUCCAGAUGCCCAGCUGUUGUAACUGGGAGCCUCGGAGCAGCUCAGUGGGUCAACAGCAGCUGAGAAUCUCUCAUCCACGGUGCAAAUUUCACAGUCCCUCAUUCCUUCAGGAAUCUGCAUUUGUGUAAAUAUUCACACGAAGGCCUGGGCGUUCCUCGGACGCCUGCUGCCUCAGGUUUUUGAAACCACAGGGUGAGAGCGGUCCUGGAAUGAAUUCAGGUGCUGCAGCUUCUGCAGCAGUCAGCGGGAUCUGGGCACUUAAAUAUUUUCCAGGUCUGAAGGUCUUUUAGUAUUGGAGGCUCACGUUUUCAGGACACGGAGAAUCAAUCUGCACCAUUAGAGUCCCACGUACACUUAGCUGCAGGGCUCGAUGGCCCCGAGGCCUCGGGCUGUCUCUUAGCACAGAGAGAGCUUUUCCACCCACAGUUACCACAGCAUUACCUCCACUGUCUGUACGCCCUGGCACUUGGCUGUAUCUUCUGCUUUCUCUUCUGUUUGUACUUCACCACGUACAUUGACCUUGUUUUGCCGUAUUUGUGAGUAUUUUCUUAAAUGGUGUUUACAGGUUCUUUUAAGGAAAAACGAUAUAUAUGAAGGCUUUUAAGAAGCAACUACCAAAUUUGUGGUUAUGAAGUAUCAAUGCUGGGAUUUUCAAAGGAUCUGGAAGCUCUGUAGGUACCCAAAUGCUCCCAGCUUCAGCACCUGAUACCUUUAGGCCCCUUUGAACAUAAAAGUUAGGAAAAACAUUGCCAUCCUCAUCCAUGCAUUUAGGUUUAACUCCUGGCUGUUUAGUUUUGCAUAAAAGAGUUUGCACUUUGUUUGUGAAGUAAUCCGUGAACGUAAUAUAUAUUGCAGCUAUUUUCAUUUAAUUUUCACCUGUAUGUUAAAAUCAAUUUGAACGAGUUGGGGAGAAAAAAAAAGAAAUGCAGAUCCGUUUCAAUUCUACGAAACACUUGCGGCUCUUCAGUAUUCACUUAAGUCUUCCUUUUUUUUCCUUCACUGACUCAUGAUGACUUUUUAGUUUUAAUUUGUUCUUCAAAAGGAAAAAAAAAAUCACAAAAAAAGAUUUUUGCAGGCUAUGUAAGCAUGUUUUUUCCUGUGAGAGCUCGUCCGCUUUGUGUCUGUUUAAUGAAUGUCAUAUGUAAAUGCUUAAAGAAAAAAGACGAUGACUUAAUUAAUUAACCGCAGUGACUUGAAGCUCUAAAAAUAAAAAAAAAAAGAAGUAGGAUUUAAUACUAGCUGGAUUUAACCCUUGGAUUUGUGAUUGUGAACCAUGAGUGGAGGAGCUGUAAGUGCUAAAGCUGAUCAUGUGUGUAGACAAAAAGAAGUACUGAUAUUUGCCCAUUGUCUCAAUGGCAAAAAAAAAAACACCCCAACCCCAAGUCUUGUGUUUUAUUCCUUAAGAACUCUGUGUUAUAUUACCAUGGGAACUCCUAAUAAAGACAAAAUGUUGUUGUUUCACUA